AUGGCGUGGGGCAUUCUAGAGUCCAAGUCCUUGGAAAAGGUCCCUGGGACCACGCGAUAUUUUGACGAUCCCGACAGACCGCAGAUCGCCACCGCGGCCCAUACACAUCUCAAAUGCGACACAUCGGGGCCCGAACCCAUCGUUCUAGUUCCCCAGCCAUCCGAUGAUCCCGAAGAUCCCCUCAACUGGCCGUUAUGGAAGCGCGAUGUCAUCACCUUUGUGCUCUCUCUGAGCGCCAUCUUCGCUACCUCGUUGGGCUCCAUCCUCGCCGCUGACACGAUGGUGAUGGUGGUCAUGUUUAGAACUACCUUUACGAAAGUUGCCCUGAUGACGGGCUACUUCCUGCUCGGCGUCGGCGCCGCGGCCGUCUUCUUCGUCCCCUCGGCUCGAAUCUGGGGCAAGCGCCACGCCUUCGUCGUCGGCCUCGUCCUUCUCAUCGCGUCUUCCGCCUGGGGUGGUUCCGCGCGGCAAUUCACCCCUCCUGGCUGGGGCAAGUACGGCUCCUUCAUCGGCGCUAGAGUGGUCCAGGGCGUGGGGUGCGCGCCCUUUGAGACCUUGGUCAACGCCGCCGUCAGCGACCUCUACUUUGUCCACCAGCGCGGCAUCCGUAUGGCCUUCACCAACCUAGCCGUGUUUGGCGGUGCCUUCUUCACCCCCAUCGUGGUUGGCAAGCUGACAAGAGAGAUUGGCUGGUACUGGGCGUUUUACAUCGUUGCCAUUGCCUGCGCACUGUGCCUAGUGGCCGUCGUGCUGUUCUGCCCGGAGACGGCCUACCGCCGCGACGCCUCUCUUAACACCGACAUGCAGGCUACGACUGAGGGCGCAGACGCAGCAGCCGCGGGCGAGUCGAGCCCUCACGCAUCCUCUACCGUAGAGGUCGAGGCCGAUGAUUCCGCAGAUCCCGAGAAGCUUGCGAACGAACCCGCGACCAGUGCGGGUCCGGUCCGGGACGCCGAGGCUGCCACGGUCCCCGCCAAAUCCCCGAGCACGUUGAAGACUCUGGCGCUCUUCAACGGGCGCAAGACGGACGAUGGCUACUGGAAGCUGCUCCUCCGGCCGUUCGCGCUCGCCCUCCACCCCGCCUUCCUGUGGGCAUGCCUGGCGCAGGGCACCAUGAUUGGCUGGACCGUUUUCAUCGGCGCCAUCAUCGCGUCCAUCUUCAUGGGCCCCCUUACGGCUGGCGCGCUCGCCGACUACUCGGUCAAGUGGCUGACGCGGAGGAACAAGGGCAUCUACGAGCCCGAGUUCCGAAUCUUCCUCAUCUUCCCCUCUUUUGUCCUCGGCUGCGCCGGCUUGUACGGUUUCGGGCUGACGGCCGCCGAGAUUAUUGCGGAAAAGUAUCACUGGAGCGUUCCCAUCGGCUUCUUCUGUCUUCAAGUCGCGGGCAUGGUCAUUGGCACCGUCUCUAGCUCCCUCUACAUUGUCGAUGCUUACCGUGAUCUGGCGAUCGAAGCGUUCACCAUGAUGAUCAUCUUCAAGAACUUCUUCAGCUUCGUUCUCACGUUCUACGCGUUUGACUGGAUUACCAAAACCCUGCUGAUCGAGCGCACAAUCAUCAUCCUGGCAUCUAUUCAGGUGGUCGUUUGCCUCUCUAGCAUACCCAUGUACAUCUAUGGAAAGCGCGUUCGUGCGUGGUCAUACAAGCACGAUCUUCUCGCCACCUUGCACUUGAGAUGA